UUUCACGUACCUCACACAAGCACGUGGUCGAGCGUCUGAUGAACAGACCAGGAAAAUCGUCUGCUGGAUUUAUAAAAGAAUCAUUUCACUUGCAUUCAUUGAUUUUGAGUGAAAAAUCAUAAUACAACUGGCAUAUAAAAUUAAGUGAUAAAUUUUAAAACAGCUUUGUUGAAGACGUGGGCACUUUUGAAAACAAAAAAUUAUUUCAGAAAUAUUGGAGACUGUUAGAAAAUAUUUUUCUUUAGAUUAGAUAUAGAGUUUGAGGUGAUACAUUAUUGUUUGAUCUUUGGAAUUGAUUAAAUUUAUUCCAUAAAGGACAGAAUGUCCACCAUGAAGGAUCCAAAAUGCCUACUCAGGGCAGUGGUCAUUUUUGCUGUUUUUUAUUCAGUGUCUGGUUCCUGCUAUUUUCCGAUUGAAUAUUUAGGGACGUAUCUUAUACAAACGCAAGCAGAAGGAUUCGGCCAUGCUGCUACUACGUUUUCAGAAAUAACUUUCGAAUCCGAUGCCAUUCCACCUUGGGGAAAAUGCUUCCGCAGAAGAGGAAAUAAUGUCAUCCUGAAAGACAGUACUGGAGGUGAAGAUUGCAUGAGAUGUUUCCAUUUGACCUUGAAAGCUCCAAACAUUAUUCAAAUUCAUACGGAAGGCCUAGGAAAAUGCUAUACUAAAGAAGAAGCUGUGAAAGCCACAUGCCCGGAUGAUCGCGCUGUGCAUGAGAGGAAAUUCAAAGAAAUCAUGCUCUAUAGAAAGCAAGAUCUCACCAGUACUUUGGCAUCGGAUCAUACAUUCUGUCCAAUCAGCGGCAAGUUCCGUUUCACAUAUACGGCAAGCAAUGGAGAGUUCCGAUGCGAUCAGACGAUGUCCGAGCUGUCCAAUUGUCCGGACGGUAACACAUUGGGUGUGAAAUUCAGACAGUGCUCCUUCCCUGACAUGGACAUCAAUUUCCGGUGCCUCGGUGAUUGGGAAGGAACGAAUAAUGACAGAUACCUCGCUCUGAUGGAUCUGAGGGGUGUAGGCGAAGGAAAGCCCAGAUUCCGAUGUGGAAUGUACCGCGUAGAUCCACUCACGGGCCGAGUGUUCGUGUCCCUAUCCGCCGAUUCCACGUGCUACAAUCAACUUCGAUCUGCUACGGAUGGCUACGAAUCACUGAUUCUCACUCCUUUCCCCGAAAAGAGUCCACCAGGACCUGUCCUGCACGCCCACUGUCGAUUCCCGGAUUGGGUUCAAGGUCAAUGGGAAGGCAUGCAAGUCCUGAGGAAUGUCCUGAUCUACAAAGACCACUCGAGACUUCAGAGACUGUCUUUGACUUGUCUACGCAGAGAGAACGACACUCCUGAAGACAGGUUCAUAGUCUUCUCCUCGACUCAUUGUGGCGAGGAGUCUUACAACUGCGUUUGGCUUAAAAGAAGGAGCCUGAAUGUAAUGGAAUUUCAAAUAGGUUCCCAGCCUAGUCACAUGUAUUCUGACACAUUGUGUCACGAUCUUCAAUUUAGCGAUGAUGCCUGGACGACUCAAGGACGUGACAAGCCAACUCAAAUGUUCCCAUGUCCCAUCACGGGAGAUUACACAGGAAUUUUGCCGGAAAACCCCGGACUUUGCGCCAAAGUGGCGUCAGACUGUAACAAUCCGGACGUCAUGUUUUAUACCGUCAGCAACUGUGCGAAUAAAUCACAAGUCUUUGAAGAGCGUGAAUAUAGAUGCUUGGGAAGUUGGCAGGAACCUGGCGGGGUCACUUUCACGUACACACAGAGGAGGGAGAUGGAUGGUUUUCAGUGUUUCUCUGGGAAAGUGCUGCAGGGUGGAAAAGAAGCUUACAUCAAAGAAGCUGGUCACAGUUGCAUCAGAGGCGAGGACCCUCUUAUUUAUGGCAUGAGAAUCACAAGGCAUGCAACAUGCCCUGAUAUUGGACUUUCAGUUUCUAACAGACCGCGUUACCCAACUAUACCACCAGAGGGCCAAGAAGAUCCUUACUAUAGUCCAGUACCAAAUGAUCCUUAUUGGUACCAAAAAGAAAACGAGGAUGAUUCUAGUGAAAAGAACAGGAAGUCACCUACACGCUCUACUAAAGAAGAGGAACACCACAACCUCGCAUCCUCUAUGACCGGAAACAUCGGGUCUUUGCUCACGAUGGUUGUUUCCACAUUCUUUUGCUGGAGGUGGAUACGCUCAUGCGUAAUCGAAAAUGUGUAAUCUCUCCAACAAUACAAACUUAUGACAAACUCAACAUUUCGUGUGACAAACACUGCAGCGUUGAGCGCUGCCCAGUCUCCUUUUUAUAUAUAUUAUAUGCUUCCAAGUUGGUCGAGUGUUGGAGUUAUUUGUGCGUAACUAGUGACCGAUGUGCUAAUACUCAAGUUAAUUUCAUUCUGAUUUGAAAGCUAACUGGAUUGAAAACUUUCAGGACGACAGUCUUGUCUGAUUGGAAGGAAUCAUGUAAUACUCAACGUAUUGUAAUCAUCAUAGUUUUACUUUUAAUGUGUGAAUUAAUUAGUAGCUCAAAGACUGUGAUGAAAAAGCCAGUCUGUUAGCUGUUUUAGCUGCGUUAUAUAGAAGCGUAGUAGAGGUAUUCAGUUACCCUCUGCUGUUCUUCUGGUCUUGUAGAUGUGCCUUAUUGUUAAUGUAUCAUAGAAAUUUUGUAUAUUAUGUAUAUUUAUAUUUCGAGUACCUUCUAUUUCAUUACUUUCAGUCAAAUGUGGUAAAAAAUAUGGAAUUUUCCAGCUGUGCUACGCCUAGUUGAACUACAGACAUGACUGUUCCUCGGUUUCUGGCUGUCCAUGUCCAACAGUAAACGUUUAGUCAUUAAAAAAAUGGAAGUAAUUUUAGCAGCAACCAAAUUUUAUAUUCAAUUUUUGUUCUAUAAGACAAUAGACUCAAAUGUCUUAGAUAAAUAUAUCUAAUUUUUAUUUUGCUUAAAUGUCUUUUUCCAUGUUCCUGAUUUCACAAAGCCCUAAAAUUUGAUUAUAAACUACUAUUUGAUAUUAAAUUUGCAUUUCACAUGAUGGAAUUCAUCCAAUAAACAUGCAAAGUUUGAAAUUAGACAUUACAGAAUUUGAUAAUAAACAAAAGUUAGUAGUAAAUACUUCACAUUUAACUCUUUGACUACUAUGGGCGCGUAUAUACGUCCAGCAAAACCCAUCGGUGUGGCCUAUGGGUGAAUAUAUGCGUCCAGCAAAAACUAUUGCUGUGGUCUGUGGGCCCGUAUAUGCAUCCAUCAAAAACUAUGGGCGUGGCAAAAACCAUCGGUGUGACCUAUAGGCGCGUAUAUGCAUGUAGCGAAAACUAUUGGUGUUGUCUAUGGGAGCAUAUAUGUAUCCAGCAAAAAUCAAUGAUGUGAUCUAUGGGCGCAUAUAUUCAUCCAGCAAAAACCAUCGGUGUGGCCUAUGGGGGAAGAUAAGCGUCCAGUAAAAUCAAUCGGCGUGCCCUAUAGGUUUAUGGAUGCAUCCAGCGCAAGCUAUCUGUUCAAUCCUCAGUGAUUAUUACCACUGGCCGCUGACGGAAACUUAGAGCAAUUAGUAGUAAAAGAGUUAAGAAAGAAAAAAAAUUCGUGAGAUUUCAUAAUAAACAAUGCAGGAUUUAAUAACAAAAAUUGAUAAUAGGCAAUGUAGAUCAAUGAUAAACAAGAGUUGAUCAGAAACAAUGUAGAAUUUGUUGAUAUACAAGAAUAGAGGAUAAGGAAUUUAGAAUUUGACAAUUAAUGGAAACUGAUACGUACCGUUUGAUAAUCAACAAGAGGUGGUAAAAAGAAAUUUAGAAUAUACCAAUAAUAAUCCGAAAUUUGAUUAUUAAACAGUGCGAAUUUUGAUAAUUAUUAAGAAUUGAUAAUAAAUUAUCAAGAAUUUGAUAUUAAACAAAAAAAAUUAUAGUAAACCAAGUAAAAAUUGAUAAUUAAUACGAAUUAAUAAUAAACAAAAAAAAUUUUGUAAGCAAGUAUUGAUACGAACACAAAAAUUGAUGAUUAACGACAAAUACCGCUGUUGUACAGGGACAUCUUCUGUGCUCAAGCCAGGGACAACCUUGACUACAUCCUAUAUUUUCCUAAAUGAAGGAACACAAAAUUGUGAUAAUACAUCGUAGUUCCUACCAUCAAAAUCUAGUGACAUUUAGGAACAAAGGCGGCAUGUAGGCUAGACUUCACUGGCCUCCUCUAUAAUGGAAGCUUUGUUAACUGUCUUCCAGGUCUUGUCAACCGAUCAAAGAAUUAAAGUUCCUAUAAGCAACUAGUUUCGUUUAAAGACUGUUUCAUGUACGUAUAUUUAUUUUAUUAUCGCCGAUUCUGGCCCUGUAUGUAUGUAAUGAAUUAACAAUUUAUGUAAGAAAUUGCUAGAGAAUCUCUGAACUGUAUGUAUGAACGCUAAUAAAAUAUGAUUUUACAUUUUAA